AUGGGCAAGGAAUACUUCGCCAUCCGCGACCUAGACUGGAGAUUUGGAGUUCACAAAGGAGGUUGGGAUCUUGCUCAGCCACUUUGCCAAGGCUUCUUUACACGCGCUGAGGCUGAGGCGUGGAUCAAACAGGCGGUAAAAGAUCGGGAUAUUCCAUUCCACGUGCUAGGCUCUCGAAACACAACUGCGACUACGCAACCGGACCCUUCCGUUGAGAGAUACCUUCCUCGAGACGGCGAAAGACUAGACGAGAACCAAGGCCAAAAGAGCCUAGCGAAUUACUAUGCUGUGGCAAGAGGGUGGACCAUUGGCAUAUACGAUAGCUGGGAAGUCUUGGGGGGAAUCCGAAGGCCCAAUAUUCGCAUAUUCCGUGCGGCUUUCAAGCAGCUGGAAAACUUCAAGCCAAACGCGACUGCCUCAUUCCUCGCUGAAUUGGACCGUUAUAUGAAUUCCCAGGGCCUCUCGAAGGAGAACCAAGGCAAACCAAAAGUCGAUGCCAUCCGCACUUCACUUAUUCAGCACCUGCUCCCUGAGGGCGUUCCAGUCGAUCAAGAAGAUGAAGAGGAGGGAAUAAUAUUGAGCGAUGCUCAGACUCUUCGACUGUACCGGAAGAUGUGUCAUAAAACGCACAGGGUCAAAGGUGAGACGAUUGAUGGUCUCCGGGCACUCAAGGCAAGCCCAUACAUAAACAUCGAUGCGUCUACCACUGGACGCAAUGCCGAAGCAACAAGCUCAAAGACCAAGUCCAGUGUGAACCCCAUACCAAACCCGGAAUCGUCUCUGCAGACCUCACGCUCAUUAAACGGCGCAUCAAGCUCGACCCAACCCAACCCAACAGCUUCUCAUACAGGUCCCUCAAGCAACCGUGCGACCAAGGACGCAGCACGUGGGAGGGACCAAGAACUGGAACCCAAGCAGGAGCCCGCGCCAUCCACCAACAAGCGACCUCAUCCGACUUCGACAAAUCAGGACACGGCACGCAGAAGGGAUCAAGAGGUGCAGAUCAAGCAGGAGCCUGAAGCUUCUACCAGCAGACGCACUCAUCCAGGCACGACAAGCACAUCUGCAAACCAGGACUCAACUCGUGGAAGGAAACAAGAGGUGCAGGUCGAGCAGGGGCCGACUGCAUCUACUAACAAACGCGCCCGUACUACAACAGAAGAGCCCCCAGAAGCGAAGAGGAAGAGGAGGACUGAACUUGAGCUGUUGGCGCUAUGA